GCAUGCAAGCGCGCGAUCAUAACAUCAACAUGGCGCAGCUGUACUGCUUUCGCAUCGGAUUUUGAGCUGUAGCGCUUUUCACCUGUUUCACGGUGUGCAUCUUCUGUGUCUUUAAUCAAUACUUGCGAACUCUUUCGUUUGGCUGUAGUUUGGUUGUGACAACCUUUGCGUUGUUUCUUGACUGUUGCCGUCGACACACACGAUGUCAACGUUUCCCGACGACACCACAGGUGACUUGUCUCAGAUGAAGAGCGAUGAGGACGCUAAGGACAACGCGGCCAACGUUGAUGACCAUGAAGCUGAGCUCGACCAGGACGACACUGAACAUGAUCAUGACCACGAUAAUGAACACGAUCAUGAACAAGACCACGAUCUAGAUGAGCCAAAGGCACCAGACUCUCCAGACAAUGAAAUCACUCUUCAGAUGCUCGAAGAGUCUGUGAGUCACACCCCGGGCCCAAGCCUUGCUUCACGGAGAGUCGAAGGCGCUGCCGGUGGCUCAGACAGCCAACCGGCGCCUAGCAAGACGCGAGAACAGCUUGAGGAAGAAGAACGCGAGAAGAUGCAGGUUCUCGUAUCCAAUUUCUCGGAAGCGCAGUUGAACAGGUAUGAGAUGUACCGGCGUUCAGCAUUUCCAAAAGCAGCAGUGAAGCGGCUGGUCCAGUCACUCACAGGCUGCUCAGUGUCGCAAAACGUGGUUAUUGCAGUGUCUGGCAUUGCAAAGGUGUUUGUGGGUGAAGUAGUGGAAGAGGCACUUGACGUUCUUGAGAAGCAGGGAGAGACUGGGCCUCUACAGCCCAAGCACUUGCGUGAAGCUGUUCGCCGUCUCAGGGCCCGUGGCUUUAUCCCCAAUGGGCGGAAGCGGCCUGCCUGUUUUCUCAGGUGACAUCAGCAGUCAGAAAAGGAACCGUGGUGAUAACUUGACGGCAUGUUGUUGCUGCGCAUACAGAGACCACAGGUGUGAAUGUGCAAAAUAUUUUAUUCAUUGUAUUCUGUACAUUUUGUCAUCUUUCUUUACCACAUCACCGGGAGUUGUUCAUGAGGUGUGAAGUAUGACAAUGAAAAGUAGUUAAAUAAUAAAAGAAUGUGGUGCGAUUAUGUUAUGGAAUGAUGUGUGGUUUCUGGCUGCUAUGUACAAAAGCUUGUUCUGAUGUUGCUGUUCCUGGAAUUAAAUACCUGUGACCAUCGUGUUAGUUUAUGCUCUAAUAACUUCAACAGUGAAGUCAAACUUGUUUUAUAUCAAUCUAGUAAAACCUACUGCAUCUCUUAAGUUUUGUGGCACCUAUUCUCUAGGUAAAAAUCUGCUGGAAAUGAACAGAACAUUUUAAGUGCAUAUAUAUAUAUAUAUUCGUUUCAUUGACUGAAUAAUUCUAGCUAGAAAUGCAUAGUUGCUAUAACAUGACACUAACGUCGCGCACAAAUCUGCAACAUUAGCAAGGCUACAUGCUAUGGAGGUUUCUCUUGUGUAUGCGUGUAUGUAAAUG